GGUUAUGUUUACAUUUUACAGUGUCAUAAAUAAAAAGAAAAAGCUUUUAAAAUAUUUGCUUGUUAAUAGGUGAUAUGAAAAAAUACGAUGGUAGACAAGGUCACAGAAGCUUUUAAAACUCUGAAUGAAGAAUCUUCAGUAAUGUUUUUUUGUAGAUUUAUAUUUAGGUGGAGAUAUAGAUCAAGUGGAUUAUCUGGAUCCCUUGGAUUUCCAUAGGGAUUAUGUCUCCAAAAAUAUGCCUGUUAUAAUCAAAGCAGGAUGUGCAGAUUGGCCGGCAACUCAAAAAUGGAGUGCAGACUACUUUAGAGAAAAUUUAGGAGAUAAAGUAGUAACGGUUACCCUUACACCAAAUGGUCUGGCUGACGGUAUAUCUAAGAAUGACAGUGGAGAAGAAUAUUUUGUUACUCCAUAUGAGGUUGAAAUGACAAUGAAGCAAUUUUUAGACAUAUUAUAUCAGAAGACUGUGAAUCUGAUUCCGUACAUCCAAAGACAGAACUCAAACCUUACAGAGGACUUUGGUGAACUCAUAGAUGAUGUUGAGAAACAUAUCAGUUUUGCGAGCAAAGCUUUUAAUAAGAAGCCAGAUGCCAUCAACUUUUGGAUGGGAGAUGAAAGAGCUGUGACAUCAAUGCACAAAGAUCCUUAUGAGAACAUAUACUGUGUUAUUGAUGGAUACAAAGACUUCAUACUUAUUCCACCGACAGAUUUACCUUUUGUCCCAUACAGAAGAUAUCCCCAAGCAGAGUUUAAGAGAACGUGCGAUAAUUGGAGUGUAGUUCCUAAAACUACUGAUUCAGAGGUGGGCAGUGAACUACCUUGGAUUUGUAUAGAUCCCCUGAAUCCAGAUCUGGUGAAGUACCCGGAGUUCAGAUUCGCUAAUAAAUUCCAAGUUCGUCUUUACAAAGGCGACUGUCUAUAUCUACCUAGCCUGUGGUUCCAUCACGUCAGACAGAGCCAUGGAUGUAUAGCCGUCAACUAUUGGUACGACAUGGAAUUCGAUAUAAAAUAUUGUUAUUUUAAAAUGCUUGAAAAGUUAUGCAAUAAAUAUUAAAGUUUAAUUCGAGAUAAAUUAUUAAUGUUUUGA